AUGACCCGACGCCGAGAUGGUCUGGCGAUCAAUUUUCUGGAUCGAACGAAUUCCCUCACGAAGAUAAAACGGAGGAUGGUUCAUAUUCUUAACGCACUUUAUGCUGGCUGCAAGAAGCGAAUAACAUACGGUUCCGACAUUUGCAGCGUGGAACGAUUACAUCAGGCAAUGCAAGUAUUGACACGUUUAGAUCAAAGGCAAUGGUACAAACGUGAUAUAGAAUCAUGCAAUCAGGUGAAGAACUUACCAGGCUCCAGCACACUCAGUUCAUUGAAUGCAUUUCUCGAUGAAGGCAUCAUUUUGCGAUUUGGUGGCCGGAUCAAACGGUCGACAUUGGAUGCGAGUCAAAAGUUUCCAAUUAUCCUAUCGAUAGAAGCCGAACUAUCGUAUAUGAUUGUUUGCUGA